ACAACUUGCAGUUUCACCCCACAACAACUGACUGCUAAUCAUGGCGGCACUUCUCCCAUGCACACAUUUUUCAUCGGCCAAAUUUACAUUUUUACCCUCGAGUUCCUCCGCAAUUAUUAUCCCUGCCCUCCGCCCUCUCCGUCCCCGCUUAAACCACCGUUGUCGUCUAUCUCUCAACUCCAUCAGAGCCUCCGUCUCCACUGUCGAUUCUCCGUUGGCUUCUUCUACCGACGGCCGGGAUGAGAAGAAAAAGCCGCUUCUUCAAGUCACUGAUUUAACUGCCGUCAUCGCUGAAUCCAGACAGGAAAUUAUUAAGGGAGUUAAUCUCUUGGUCAACGAAGGAGAGAUUCAUGCUAUAAUGGGAAAGAACGGUUCCGGGAAGAGCACACUUUCAAAGGUCCUUGUCGGGCAUCCGGAUUAUGAAGUGACAGGAGGUAGUGUCAUUUUUAAAGGAGAAAAUUUGCUUGAAAUGGAGCCGGAAGAGCGCUCACUUGCUGGGCUGUUUAUGAGUUUUCAGUCACCAGUUGAGAUUCCAGGAGUCAACAAUAUUGACUUUCUGCAGAUGGCUUACAAUGCUAGAAGAAGACAACUUGGUGAACCGGAGCUUGGACCCAUUGAGUUCUAUGCUUACAUAUAUCCUAAACUGGAACUUGUGAACAUGAAGACCGACUUCCUCAACAGAAAUGUCAAUGAAGGAUUUAGUGGUGGUGAAAAGAAACGCAAUGAAAUUUUGCAGCUUGCGGUUUUGGGAGCGGACUUGGCUAUAUUAGAUGAAAUUGAUUCUGGAUUAGAUGUUGAUGCGCUUAGAGAUGUAGCACAAGCCGUUAAUGGGAUUUUGACUUCAAAGAAUUCUGUAUUGAUGAUAACUCAUUAUAGACGGCUUUUGGAAUUUAUAAAACCAGCAUUUAUUCAUAUCAUGGAUGAUGGGAGAAUUGUAAAGACAGGGGAUGCAUCCAUAGCACAAAUUCUCGAGGAGGGUGGCUAUAAAGCAAUCUCUGAUGUGUAAUUGUAUGCCAUUUAUUGCUGCUAUAAGUCAGUGGUUUCAGCUUCAGAAUAUGGGAAGAUGAUAUGUUUGCAAAUGUUGAUUAUUGCCAGAAAAAAUUCCUAAGGUAUGGUUUACCUAACAUGUUCAUUUGUGAAUUACUUCUUUCUU